AUGCGCAUCCUCCAUACCAACUUGCGACGGUCAAGACGAGCACAAGACCUGCCCUACCAAACAAUUCGGGAGAGCACAGUCGCCCCAGCGGUGGUGGCUGAACCGUACAGAGCUCUGGAUGUUCCGGCCGGAGAUGCGAAGGAAAUGGGAGUUAUCACCUGGACAUCAACAUCAGGGGCGUUCGCCCACGGAGUCCCGCUGGAGCGCGGGAACGGAUACGUCGCGGUCGAGUGGGCAGGAAUGGUGUUAGUGGGCCUGUACGUAUCACCCAGCACCGUAUGGGCAGCGUUCGAGGAGUUCCUGGACGGGGUUGGGGACUGCGUCAGACGGCACCUUUCUCGGCAGAUGCUUGUAUUAGGAGACUUCAACGCACACUCCAUGGAACGGGGAAACUCCAGGACCAACGAGCGCCCCCGCGAGCUGUCAGACUGGGCCGCGGGACUUGGACUCCUGUUGGUGAACAGGGGCUCGACCAGUACCUGCGUGGCAUGGAGAAGGGGCUCCGUCGUUGACAUCACAUGGGCUUCCCCUGAUACAUUCAGACGGAUUUCAGGCUGGAGAGUAUCCGAGGGGGUCGAGACACUCUUGGACCACCUCUACAUAUUCGUGGAGGUGAAAGGUACACCUGAACCUGGAACGGUGACCGCGAGUAAUGGUCGCGAACUACCGAGAAGAGGAUGCGCGUGA